GAAGGGCUGGAAGUCUUUCCUAACUCGGUCAGCACCUUGUACCACUUCUCUUCUGCCCUUUCGUUUGGGGACUUUCAUCUGCCUCCUAGAAGAUAUUUGCACCAUUGGACCUCAUUGAUUCAUUGAGAAUAUUGACUAAACUGAGAAUGGGACUUUGGGUCUUGGCAAUCCUAAUAGUUCUCUUAGAUUCGAUAACAGCUCAACUUAGUAAAACACAUUGGGGUCUGGAAAAUGAAGCCUUAAUUGUGCCAUGUCCUAAAAACCCAAACCCUGCCUACCCUGUGGAUUGGCACCACCCAAGCUCAAUGGCAAGGAUUACCACUCAGAAGGGGCAUCGUGUCUUUGCCUCAGGGAACCUUCUGAAAUUCCUACCCACAGAAGUUGGCGAUUCGGGAAUCUACACUUGCAUUAUCAAAAGCCCCACGGUCAACUUCACUAGAUCUGUGAAUCUCACAAUAUAUCAGAAGCAGCCAAACUGCACUAUUCCUGAGGAGUUGCUGUAUUCAACAGUAUCUGGGACACAAAAGUUUUCCCGCAUAGUUUGCCCAACAGCUCCAUUGUAUAAUUGGACAGCGCCACUUCAGUGGUUUAAGAAUUGCGAAGCUCUACGAUUCGAUAGCGCUGAGUUCAGGUACAGCAGGUCUGGUCCAUACUUGCACGUUCAAAACACAAGUCGUGACGAUGAAGGUGAUUAUACAUGUAAACUUAUACACAAUGAGAAUGGAAUCCAUUAUACUGUGACUGCAAGCAGAAAGUUUAUAUUCAAAGAAAGCUCCUUGCCUUUGGUUCCAAUCAUUAAAGCCCCUUUAUUCAAUGACACAAAGGAAGUAGAAAUCGGAAAAGCACAACACCUCAUUUGCUCCAGUUGCAUGGGGAAGGGCCCUCUCUUCAUGGCCUCCGUCCGAUGGCUGGUUAACGGAAUCAAUGCCAACGGGAGUGGGAGAAUUCACCAAGGAUCCGUGCAGGACGAAAGGUCUGGAAAUGGACUGAUUUGUCUGAAAAGGAGUCUGAUGAUCUCUCAUGUGAAAGAGGAGGACUUGUCUCUGAAGUUGGAGUGCGAGGCCUUUAACACCAUCGCAGUGACAACGCACUCUAUAAGUUUAAGAAAGAAAACAUCAAUUGGUCAUCAAAGCCUCUACACUACAGUUGGAGGAUUUAGUGUAUUGCUCAUGCUAAUCAGUGUCUUCUCAGUACUGCUAAAAGUGUUCUGGAUUGACUUUAUCCUGCUAUGGAGAGACACAGUUACACCUUACAAAAGUAGGAAUGAUGGAAAGAUCUAUGAUGCUUAUGUCAUCUAUCCCCGGAAUUGCAAAGAUAGUCCUGAGGGGGCCAGUUAUGUGGAAUACUUUGUUCAUCAUAUUCUGCCUGAUGUUCUUGAAAAUAAGUGUGGAUAUAACUUAUGCAUUUAUGGAAGAGAUUUGCUACCGGGUGAAGAUGCAGCCACUGCUGUGGAGACCAACAUACAAAAGAGCCGGAGGCACAUUUUUAUCCUGACUCCUGAGAUAGCUCAUUGCCAGGAGUUUGCCUAUGAGCAGGAGAUGGCCUUACACAAUGCCCUCAUUCAGAACAACUCCAAGGUGAUUCUCAUUGAAAUGCAGGUGCUGAGUGAACAAGAUGGUCUGCCUUGUGACACCUUUCAAGAGUCUCUCCAGCAUCUUAUGAAAAUUCAGGGUACCAUUAAGUGGAGGGAAGACCAUGUCGCCAACAAAUUGUCCUUGAAUUCCAAAUUCUGGAAGCAUGUGAGGUACCAGAUGCCUGUGCCAAAUAAAUUUCCUAAAACUCCUUUAAACUAG